AUGUCGACCAGGGCCCCAGUCACAACACCUCCGAUCGUCACAGGCCCGCUCUCGGUGCGCAUCCCCUCUUCUCAUGAGUCUGGCGCAUUCCUUACCCCAGACGAACUAUCACCCCUGGAUGCCGAUUUUGGCGCUUCCGACUACUUCAUGGCCGAGGACGCGCGGGGGGUUCACCCCCCGAUGUGCUUCCCCCCCUUGACCGACCGCGACGACAGCAGUCUAUUCCCCUUGAGCGAAAAUGGCGAUCACGAACGAGUCAACAACCAAACCUUGAUGGAGGAGAAUGAGAUGCGUCGGAAGUUGAUGGACAUGGAGUCAAGCUUCCUGCCCGAGCCGUCGACAAUUGAGGUCGCCACGGCUGGACCAACAGCUGGCGCAGACGAUACCUAUCUGGUUGGGGUUGGUGGUGGCCACGAUCCUAACAACACAGACGGACAAAACGAGUCAUCACAAUUUUCCUUCAUUCCACCAUCAGAAAGCUACCAAGAUGCAGAGCAGGAUCGAACCGGUCCUGUUGAAGCGGGCGAGCGCCAGGAUGUUGAUAAUGCCCCGACCUACAAUACACAACAAACAGAAAACGAAUCAACGUUUGAUUCGCUAGCUUCGUCACCCUCAGCAGCUGCAACUUUCCGGAGUACUUUUCAUGACCAGAAUUUCUCAUCCGAACCCGCGCCCCACGCCAUCCAGUUUACCCACGAUGAACCAUCGUUCAGGUCUCAAAUGUCCCAAGCUGAGAACGAAUCGCAGCUCACACCCUCAAAACUCGGACAAAGCUCUCGCAGUAUCUCGCCAGGUCCAUCUAGACUAUUCAGCGACCAGAGUGGUAGUGUUGCUAGCAGAAGAUCAAGUCGGCCUAAAUACCUGACUAGCCGCCAGUCCGCCAAUCGAUUAUCGCACUCUUCGAUCGCAAGUAACAACACCGAAACUACACACAGUGAUGCGACACUAGGUGCUGAUUUUGCCCUUCAAUCCGGCGGCGCCACUCCUGAGAACUGGGGCAGUCUUAAUGCGGGAAGUCGUGCCCAUGUCACACGAACAACCAGCCUUGGCAGCAUGGCAUCUGGUGUAUCAGGCUACAGUGAAGAGAACCCUUUCGACAGACGCAAUGCGACUGGACCCCCUGAUGGUGGUCUGCAAACCUUGGAAGAGGAAGGCUCACCGCGGUCUUCAAGACAGACUGGCUUCGACGAAGGAGGUCCUGUUACUCCCAAAGCUAAACCCCAGAGCUCUUUCCCCAGUGAUACGGUGAUUGCGGAGCGCAUCAAAGGCAUCCAAGUACCCAGUACAUUUGUCCAAAAGUUUCGCGAAGACUAUGGCAACACGGGUCCGUCACCUGAGAAACGAGCGGGGGCUGCAACCCCUGCGUUCGGUCGAAGUGGCCGUAACAUGACCCUAAAGGAGCAAAGUAGCACCAUUGACCGUCUCUCAAAGGAGAACUUCGAUUUGAAGAUGCGAAUCCAUUUCCUCAAUGAAGCGCUCAACAAGCGGUCCGAGGAGGGUAUCAAGGAAAUGAUCUCCGAAAAUGUUGAACUCAAGUCCGACAAGCUGAAGCUUCAGAAAGACAACCAAGGUCUGAGACGUAAAAUUCGCGAUUUGGAAAAACAGAUGAAGGAUCAACAAUCUGAUAAGGACUCCAUGGUCAACCAUGACCCCGAAGCGUCAGAAGAUGACCGAGACUCGGCUCAAGAUGGAGAGAUUGUCUUCUUACGCGAGCGAGUUGAAACCUAUGAAAUUGAGAUCGAGCGCUUGAGAACGGAGAGCUUGGCCAGAGAAUCGGAAAAGCGACGCCUCGCAGAAAUGGUCAAGUCUCUGAAUGAGAAUCGAACAGGAGGUUCUGAUGAUGCAGGCGCAAGGGAAGAAAGAGACAUGUGGAAAGACAUGUUGGAAGCGGAGACUGCUGCUCGUGAACAAGCCGAAGAGGAGAAUCGUAAUCUCCGAGACGAAUCCAUUCGUCUUCGCAGCGAGAUUUAUACAGCUACAGGUGUUCCAAAGUCAGGACAGUAUGAUCGAGGCGAAUCAACCGUUUCACGACAAUCUAGCAGAGAUGGCAACCGCGGUGCAUUGAUGAGUACCUCUAGCAGUACCUUGAUGGUAGAGCUUGAACUUCUCAAACAGGAAAAUGCAGAGCUUAGGAAAGAAGUCAGCGCUCAAACCUCGAUGCUCACAUCUCGAAACCGUGAGAAGGAACGCCUCUAUCAGGAAAUUGAAGAAUUGAAACUUGGCCAGCGACGAGAUGGUGGUCGAUCUGUGGCUGGAGACAGCAUAUUCGACCGUUCUGCAUCUCGUGCCUAUGGACGACCAAUGUCGGAGCCCAGUGAUGCUACUGGGGUGUCCCGCGAAGACAUGGAUCGCGAAGAGCUCGAGGCUCGAAAUGGACAGCUACGCGACCAACUGUCGACUCUCAAACUCGAUAACCAGGCCAUCCGAGCUCAAGUAGAUGAUUACGUUGGAGAGCUCGAGGCUCUUGAUAAGGCCUAUCAGGCUGAUGUCGACCAGGCUGAAGAGGAAAUACAAAAUCUUCAACAAGAGCGUGAUCAAGCAAUUCAGAUGGCAGAUGAACGCGAUGCUGCCUUCCAAGAUCUUCGCGCAGAAGCUCAAGAAGAACUGGAUACUCUUGGAGAGGAGCUGGACCAGAAGAUUGUCGAGUGUCAACGUCUGAACGAAGAGCUCCAAAACCAGGAUGAGAACCUCAAGGUCUUACAGGCAGAGAUGCGCUCGGCCAGCGAGGGUAUCAUUCGACUCGAGGAAGAUGCACAGAACAACUUGGAGCGGUACAAGGCUGUUCAGCAAGAGUUGGAGGAAACCAACAGCGAGUUCGAGUCUCUUGAGAAGAGCUUGUUCGAGGCCAAUACCAAGGUGCAACGCUUGACGGUGCAAAUCGAGUCUAGCCAGAACGAGAUUGCUUUCCUUCGAGAGGAGCAGGAAGUCGAUAAGAUUCGCAUUGGAGAUCUGGAAUCCGAGUUGAAGACCUACCACAUAAGCCUGCAUAGUGAGAAGGAGAAGACCAGGGAACUCGAGCAACGACUGGCAGACGAAAGGCAUCAACGUGAGGUCGUCGGCAGCAAGGAGAAACAAGAGGUUCAGCGCAUCAUGAAUGAACUGAAUCGGGAAGCGUCAUCAGCUAAAGAAGAGGCACGACGUUUGAAGAAGAGCCUUUCAACGCAAGAGAUUGAGGCUAACACUUGGCGAGAACGAUUGACGGAUCUGGAGAAUAACCUCCGUGAAACCCUCGGAGAUCUCAGCGGCAGUCGAACAAGCCUGAUCUCCAACAUCAUGAAGCUUCAGAAGGAACUUGAAUCCACUGCGCUCGAGUUGGAGAGCGUACGACAACAACUGGACGAGAAAGAGACGGUUCUUCGUAAUCGGGAUGCUCUUUUGGAAAGCCAUGGACUUGAAUCCCGCAAACUCUCUGAGCUCCUGGAACGUGAACGACAAGCUCGCAGGGCUGACAAGCAAUCAUUUGAACAAUCACUCAAGUCCCAUCAACAAGCAUCACGGACUAUCACCCAGAGCAACUCUCGCAUCACGGACCUAGAAAUCGCUAGGAAUCAGGAUCGCAAGCGAUUCACAUCUCUCGAACAGCAAUUCCGUGAGCAGCUCAGUGAGCGCAACACAUUGUUCCUUACUGUCUGGAAGAGACUUUCUGCGCUCUGUGGUCCCGAUUGGGCUCAUUCAAACAGCUUGAUCAAUGGCAACUUACCAAGCCAAGAAGUCAUCGGCAAUAUCCUCUUCUGGCCUGGUUUCAACCGGAAUCUGAUGCUUGCCAUCAAAACUGUCGAAGGGGUGGUUUCAGGUUUCAAGGGUCGUGUCAGAAGCAUCGAGCAUGACUUGACCAAGCAGUACCACAACCUUGAAAGCGCCUUUGCCCAGAGAGUCCGCAGACUCGAACGGGUCGAGGAAGCCGUCAAGAACCUACGCAAUGGACGUGGCCAUUCAAGUUCGUCUCCCGAGAUUAGCAAAUUGCGCGGCGAAAAUCGACUUUUGAAAGCAGAGAUCAACCUACUCCAAUCUAAUUCUCGUGCCCAUGGAUCUUCCUCUGCGACUACUGCGGCUGUAUUGGCCUCCGGGUCUCGGUCUCCAUCGAUUGGUUCUCCCGCCGACCUUGAGCGUUCGUUGACGCGCCAGAACUCGACAUCAGGAGCCAGCGAGAAGCCACGCUCUGAUAGAAGUAUCGCACGCCACUCCACAGGCCUGCCGCAGCCUUCUCACUCCUCGUCGACGAGCACAUUGACCAACAAUGUGGUCGCGAUGACACAUCGCACACGCGGUAGCGGUGGAACUGGAAAUUGGGACGGGGAUAACGAGAAAUGGAUUCACCGUCUGCAUGAGCUAGAAAAGCGACUGAAGGCCGAGCGUGAAGGCCGUCUUCUCGACCGCAAUGGAGCACGCAAGCGAUUGGAAGAACGUGAUGCCGAUAUCAAGAAUCUCCAAGAUCAACUGCGACGAGAGCGCACCCGACUUGGACUUGGCUCCCAAAAGACCAUCACGGAGAAUGGACGCAAUCGCCCACAGACCUCCGAUGAAGCCCCGAGCUCGAGUGAAGGGGAGGGCUUUACGGUAGAUAUCGAAGUCUGA